CACUGUGCCUCCCCCACUUCUCUGCAGCCUGCCUCUCUCCUGUCCAGGAGCUUCUGUCUCUUCCUGGAGGACCCCAGCACCAACUCAAACACUACUUCUUCUUGGAACCCAAAUCCCCUGCUCUCAGUCAGCCGACUUCCCUAGUCUUGACUCCCAGGCUGUCACUACUUCCACCUCCACCCUUCUAGCCGGGCCUCUCCCUCUUUGUCCAGCCCCGUUCUUUAUACCUCAGGGCAAAAGUGAGUGGAGGGGAAUAAAGUCUCAUGGGCAGAUCUACUUACCCAGCUGGGAGCUAGCAGGGUUGGGGGCCCCCGAGGAGCCCGGGGAAGCUGAAAGGCAAAGCGGCCGUGGGCAAGGUGCUUGUUCCUGUCCUGUGCCUAUGAGGUUGGCAGCAAGUGAGGCGAGAAUGGGGAGGAACAAGGUGGGGCUCCUCUCGGGCCUUUCCUGGGGCGCCUCCCUCACCCAGCUCCUUCCCAUCAUUAACAUGUUCAGGCGUGUGAAAGCCUGCCUCCCCAGGAAACAGAAUUAGCUGAAGGGGUGCAGGUAAGUUUCCCUGGUCAUGUGGGUGAGAAGGGACACUGCUGGAUGCUGCCCCUGGGUCCUGUUUCUGCACUCAUUCCUGCUCCCACUCUGGUCCUACUCCUCCCACCCUAUAGCCCUCAUGCUCUCUGGCUGCUUGGCCUGCACUUAGCAGAGAAGGUGACCCAACUGCUCACUCCCCCCAACUGCUCUAUCAGAGCCUGUUUUCAGACUCUUGACCCUGCUGAGCCCCCUUUUUCCUCAACUUCCUACCUAUCCAUCUGACCUCUUGCCUUGGGCCCUGCCCCAGUCAUUUUAUACUCAUGACAGCUUUUAGUGUGCAGCAUGGUGCUAGGUUCUGAUGGGGAUGGGGGCGGAGUGUAAAAAGGUGUCGGGGGUUUAUAACCUGGUUGAGUAGUCCCAACACACAAUCAUGAAGGGGCCUCACUCCUGGGCUGCGGCAGGAAGGCAAGGACAAAAGAGAGGGUGCAGUGUAGAGACAGGCUGAAAAGCAGCCUUCUCUGGGUGUAGAGGUCUGGCAAAGCUUGAAAAUAAAGAAAUUUGGUAGAUGGAUAAAAUUGAGGGAGGGGGAAAAAGGCUCCUGCCCUGUCAACAGUCAGAAGGGGGCUCCUUGGGAGCCAGGACACCAUUAUUGUCUCCAUUAUUGUUGGAUUUCCUCCAAAGCAGAACCUGAGUUGAGAGUGUGGGUACAGGUAAUCCUGUAUUGGGGAGGUCAGCUCAGGAAGCAGGGGAAGAGAGGGAAGAAGAAAGCCAAUAAAAGUGUGUUGCUGAACUUCUUCCAUGGGCCUCAGGAACCUCUGAGUGCAGAGAAUACCUUCCAGAAAGACAGAAGACCGGGGCGCUUACACCCAGCUCACAUUCCCCAUUGUUGGAGUUGUCCUAGAGGCAUGAAUGCCCUUAUACACACCUGCAGCUUGUACUUGUCAGGGGGCUGAGUGGGCUGCCACAGCUUCAGAUCAGACUCCUAGGCAGGAAAGCACAAAGACUUGUGCUCAUGUGAGGGCUUCACUGUCAAUGAGAGUCUGAGCUUCCACACAACUGUACAUCACAACUGUGGCUGAAGUCAGAGAUAGGACAUGGGGCCCCAAAAGCAAAAGUCCUGAUGCCAUCAAGGGAUGCACCCCCCACUUCCCCUUUCACAUCUCCUUCAUGCCUAUUAAGUGGCCAAAGGAGAAAUGUGAGAGAGUGACUAAUCCAGUGUGGCUGAAGCAGGCAGUUCUAGAGAAUGAAAGCAGAGAAAUGUUGAGCCAGCCCCUCCCGUAGACCACAGAGGGAAGAGCAGAAAAGCAGAAGGCCAGGGUCCCAGACAGGAUCUUGGUGACCCCAUAUGCAUGGAUCAGGACCCAUCCUCCCCUCGCACCCCACCCAGGCACACCACCCCACCUCCUAUUUUCUUCAAGCCCUGCCCAUCCUCAGCAACGCCUGCCUUUCCAUAAAGCUGCAGUUCAUGGCUUUUUCAAUAGGUGGCAGCACAUAAAGAGCAAAUCACACAUAAUGCUGCAUCUUCCAGAUUGGGAGCCAGAAACCGGCCCUAGAAAUUCCCUCCAUAUAAAGAAAAACACCAGCGACCACAUUCCAUCCUCUUACAUAGAUCAUUUACCCUCACAUCACACGCCACCACCAGAGACGCGCACACACACAAACUUCCAUGGCUUUUGCCAGGCACCUCUGGGCCUUGAUCCUUCUUUGGUGACCCUGUCUAGGCCCCUCCCUUCCUCCCUCCCCUUGGACUUUGCCCUUCUUACUGGCCAGGCAGGGGGGCCAGAGUCCAGGCUUGACUCAUCCCCCACCUCACUGGGGCUGAGAUCUCAGCUCUGUAACAGAAAACACCACCACUUCAGCUCCAACACAACAGAGAACCACCCAGCCCAGAACUCCCGGGAGAGGCAACUCUCCUGCUCCUUCCCUCCACCAUGGACUACCUCUCUGCCCUGAACCCCAGCAGCCUGCUCAGGUCGGUAUCCAAUAUGAGCUCAGAUUUUGGCCGUAAGGUCUGGACCUCAGCUUCACCACCCCAGCGACCUUUCCGCGUCUGUGAUCACAAGAGGAGCACCCGGAAAGGCCUGACAGCCGCCACCCGCCAGGAACUGCUAGACAAGGCCUUGGAGGCUCUGCUGCUGAGUGGAGUGCUGACACUGGUGCUAGAGGAGGAUGGCACAGCCGUGGAGAGCGAGGACUUCUUCCAGCUGCUGGAGGAUGACACAUGCCUGAUGGUGCUGGAGUUGGGACAGAACUGGAGCCCCAGCAGGAGUGGGAUGCAGUUGUACGGCCUGGGCCGGGAGAAGCCCAGGCACAGCAAGGACAUCGCGCGCAUCACCUUCGACGUGUACAAGCAAAACCCUCGAGACCUCUUUGGCAGCCUCAACAUCAAAGCCACAUUCUAUGGGCUCUACUCCAUGAGUUGUGACAUCCAAGGACUCGGCCCAAAGAAAAUACUCAGGGAGCUUCUCCGAUGGGCCUCUGCACUGCUGCAAGGCCUGGGCCACGUGCUGCUGGGACUCUCCUCCACCCUUCGCCAUGCAGUGGAAGGGGCUGAGCAGUGGCAGCGGCAAGGUCGCCUCCAUCCCUACUGAGAAGGAGCUCUGAGCUUCUGCCCUAGACUCAUUCCAAGAAACAGCAUCAGGUUUGGGGGCCUGCAGACAGUGCAGACCCGAUAACUCACCUGAUUUCCCCACUGUCCUCUGACCCCAUCAUGAAAGGCCCCAUCCGCAUAAUGCCCUACACCGCUGGCCUAUGCCCAUUCCUGAAGAACGCUCUCUUCCUAGCCAUCUUUCCAGCCUCCCACUUACUCUUAAGGCCACAGCCUGUCCCCAGGCAUCUGGAUCCCACCCUGAUUGCUGCUACAUGUAGAGAUCCUUACAACUCCUCCUGUCCCUAAGUUCUCCAUGCCCUGAAAACAGCCCUCUCUAACUUUAUCUCAACAUCUCUAUUUCUUUGUAUCCCUCCCCGCAAAUAAAAGAAAAGUGUUUCCAAUAAAAAUACAAAAAUGUUUUAUCAGUAA